AUGAGCGCGCUCGAGCUCUUCCGUUUUUUGGGCGAAGACCUCAACCGUCCGCCCAGUCCGUCGCGAGAUGCGCUCAAGCGGCGCCGAGUUUCCCAGGCUCCCCGGGCGACCCGCUACUGGCCAGGAAAGGCACCUGAGUACGCAGCUGAUCUCCCAGCCUCCAGCGACGAUGAGUCUGACGCAGCGCCUGAGGUGGCUCAGGCGGCCUUAGAGAAUGACCGCCGCUAUUCGCGGUACGCCACAGCGUCUGAAUCGGGUGACGUUGCUGCCCGUUCUGGUCGUCGCCGGGCUCCCGCUGCAACCAUCGUGAUAGAUCGCGAGCCGGAGCACAAUGCGGAUUAUGAGGCGCCGCAACCAUCUUCGCCAGGGCUCGCAGGUGCCGCCGUCGGCGACGGCGACGGCAGUGUCGCGAACACGUCAGAGGUCGUGGAGGCUCCACGCAACCGUGCUGCCAUCCGUUCGCGAGCGAUGGCGUAUCGUAGAGAGGAGGAGGCAGUCGCUGGUGAUCACGAGGAUCGGGUUGCCUCGGUAGAUGGUGAGGAGGAGGAGUACUCGGACUCAGACGACGAUGCCGAUGGCUCCGAACACAUCAGUAUUCAAGAAUCGAAGGAGCACUCGGGAGUGCUUGAAAAACCUGUGUUUGUGCCAAAGAACCGGCGUUUGACAGUGCUGGAGAAGCAAGAGCUCGAGAGGGAAGAGCAACGGCGUCUGGAGUGCGAACGUCAGCGCGCCCUCGAGCGGCAGAAGCAGAGCAAAGAGCUGCUGGUACAAACUCUGGUGGCCGCAGAAACGCAGCAAGAGGUUGAGAACGCUGUGGAAGUGGUCGACGAUACUGACGAGUUGACUGAGAAGGAAUAUGAGCUCUGGAAGAUUCGCGAGCUGAAGCGCGUGCUUCGCGACCGUGAUGAGCGAACUGCUCACGAGCGUCUGGCGGCUGAAGUAGAGCGGCGUCGACACAUGACCGAGGAGGAACGACUGGCGGACGACGAACGUAUCGACCGGGAGAAGGUGCAACGCGCUCCGCGGAGCAAGAUGUUGUUCCUGCAGAAGUACUACCACAAGGGUGCCUUCUUUAUGGACAAGCUUGACGACGGUUCCGAGCCUCUGUACAACCGCGAUUUCAACGCCCCGACGGCGGAUGACCGGAUAGAUAAGUCGCUGAUGCCCAAGUCGAUGCAGGUGCGUCGGGGGCUGUACGGCAAGAUGGGGCAAGUGAAGCACACGCACCUGACGGCCGAGGAUACGACACGUUUCGACAUGCCGUGGAACAAGGUGCCCGAAAAGUUCACUCCCGCCGGGACGCAGCAGACGUUCGACCGCCCGUCCCGCAAGAAGCCAGGCACUAGCCGCUCAGGCUCCGAUAAGCACUCUGAUUCUAAGUGA